AUGGCUGCGAGUACAUCUGGCCCGCAGAUCUUCGACGAUGCGAACCGAUCACCUACUAAACCAUCGAUGUUCCGAGUCAUCAUGUCACCCAAAUCCCAUAAAAGAAAUCAGUCCGCAGACGAUGCCAUUGCCCCACGGCCUCUGCAGAGAAGCAAGCCCUACGAGAAUAUCCCCUUCUCAUUUGGCGAACCAUCCGAUACUCCCACCGGCUACCGCCCUUUGAGUGAGAUCGUCCCCAACCGUGACACGAACGACAAUGGAGCAACACCGAAAAUCGGCGGCAGGGAAGGGAAGGGUGCUCUACACAAGAAGACAAAGAGCGCUGUAUCCUUGAAGUCACUGAGAAGCUACAUGGAGCGUAAAGAUGGCAAGGCGGGCGACCAGACUGCCGAGCAAGGCGAAGAGCUAUCACCCAAGAAGGCAAAGUCAUCCAACAGCCUCUCGGCCAUCCUCAAAAGGUCUCAGCGCGGACGGAAAGAUGGCUCAAAUUCCAAGCAGAGUCGUGACAAGGAGAAUCGCAGUCCGACGGAUCUGAUCGAUAACAUGCCAUCUCCGGUCUGGUCGCAGGAAUCGGCUUCUGUCCACAGGGAGCCAAUCGGUCGAUCGAGACCGAACUCAACCGCUGACAUACGACGAACCGUGGCGGAAGAAGUAUCCCUCUAUACGCCCAAAGGCUAUGGGCCAAGUCAGCAACGAAAUUUCUAUGACUUUCAUCAACCGUCCCUUUCCAAAUCUGGUGAUGCCAAAGCUCGGCCAAAGUCGGAGAUUCUCGCUGGAAAUCGCAAGGUGAAGGACUUCCUUGGAUUGCAGCGUGCGACUUCGGGAGAAAGUGAUUCCCCCAAGCGACCCGAUAACGCGUCGACAAGAAGCCGAGCACCCUCGAGUCCGCGCAAGACAUCCCCUUCUACAAUGGCGAAGGAAGAGCCGAAGCGGCUCUCUCGUGUUCAGGCUGCUAUCUCGGCGUUCAACGCGAAGGAGCGAGAUGCGGAUGUGCAUCAGCAUCUCAAUUCUAAGGACCUCGAAAGCGAAUUCGAGAAGUUGUUGGAUGCCAGAAACAUUCCUCACAACAUGAGAGACAAGAUGCGUUCCCUUGACACUAACAUCAAGGCUGAUUUCAUCCAGAAAGACCGAACUGAGAACAUGACUCCCCUCAGUGCAGGAACUGGUGACAGCCGUCGGGGACGUGGCAAAGAAUCCAAGGAGGACUGCGAGCCUCAGGAUCGCAAAGGCUCCCGGUCCCGCUCCAGAACCCGCGGCUUCACCUUAACCAAAGGACCUUCGUCUCCCGGUAAGAAGCUGCGAAGGGACAGUGAAGUAUCAAACCGCCGUCCACGCUCUGUUGAUCUCUCACAGCCUGUUGGUGUCUAUACAACUCUUUCAGCCAAUGCUUCGACCGCCUCGCUUGCCGAAGCGGCUGCUGUUGAUACUGCCGCGGAUCCUUCUGACUUUGUGCAUUAUCUGAGAGAGAUCCAGAAGCCCGAGAUGGUUGAAGUAGGGAAGGUGCACAAACUGCGUCUUCUCCUGCGCAACGAGACUGUCCACUGGGUCAACGAUUUUAUCACCGAAGGUGGUAUGGAUGAGAUAGUACAGCUUCUAUACCGUAUUAUGAAGAUGACCUGGCGGGAGGACCAUGAGGACACUCUUUUGCAUGAGGCGUUGCUAUGCCUCAAGGCACUUUGCACCACAUCUGUCGCUCUAUCCCAUCUCACUGCUAUUGAGGGCGAGCUUUUCCCUGCUUUGCUUAAUAUGCUCUUUGACGAGGAGAAGAAGGGUCCCAGUGAGUUCACCACUCGCGGGAUCAUCGCGAACCUGCUCUUCACACAGCUUUCCACCGCUCCUGCAGGCGAGCAGGCGACGAAGCGUGCCAAGCAGAUUCUCUCCUAUUUGAAAGACCCUGCACCACCUGCGGACAACCAGCCGUUGUCUUUUAUCGCCAGUAUCUACCAGUCACGACCUUAUCGAGUUUGGUGCAAAGAGGUCACCAACGUGACAAAGGAGGUGUUCUGGAUCUUCCUUCAUCACCUAAAUGUUAUUCCUCUCCCCAAAACCGAAGAUCUGUUCGGCGAAAAGACCCCAGUGGACACUCGCCCAUACAGUGAGCGCCACUUCCCACCUCCACGCCCUCCUGUCCCAGCUGCUCCAUAUGUUGGCGGCGUUGAAUGGGAUGCGACCAACUACCUUGCCGCGCAUCUUGAUCUUAUGAAUGGCAUAAUUGCAAUGCUGCCCACCCCAGAUGAACGGAACCAACUCCGUGAUGAGCUACGUGCCUCCGGGUUCGAGAAGGUCAUGGGCGGUAGCCUGCGCACCUGCAAGGAGAAAUUUUACUCCUCUGUACAUGACUGCCUAAGAACCUGGGUCGCCGCCGCAGUCGACGAUGGCUGGCCACAUACGUUUGUACGCGAAGGCCCACCCCGGGCGGGCGAGCCUGGUUCACCCACCAAAUCCCCUAAAAAGUCCGCACCAGGCAGUCCGAGGAAGGGCUUGGUCGAUGAGCGACCACCCAAGCUGGAACUUGCUUUGGACUUUGAAAACCGACCUGCUCCAGGCCCGACAACCCCGUCGAGCGACCUGCGCAGCUGGCUCUGA